CCAAAAGCAAAAAGCAGAAGAAGGCCUGCAGCUGAAAACGAGCUGGAGACACAUGUUCUUUAUUCAACAACCAGAUAGACUUUCCAAAUCUGUUUGGUUUCAAACUGAGGUCUGUUGUAUAAAGAGAGACCUCAGUCACACACAACUAGAGCACAAUGAGGAACUGUAUCUUGAUAACAGCUUCACUUCUCUGCAGCCUCGUUUGGAUCUCCGUCUCAGGUUUGAAGUCUCAGACUGUGGAGGUCCAGUCUGGUGAUGAAGUCACAAUGCAGUGCUCCAACUUUUCCAUCGUUCCCUCACAGAUCAUCUGGUUCAGACUGAACAGAAGUGAGCCUCGCUGCAUCUCCCAUAUGUUUAGGUCUUUUGAACCUGCUACAUUCUGCAGUGGAUUCAAAGAUGGAAAAUUCAACAUGACAUCAAACAUCUCCACUGUCUUCCUCAACAUCAAACAAGUGGAUUUGUCCGACUCUGGACUUUAUUUUUGUGGAUAUUAUGUGAGCAGAAAUCCACUGAUUGUUGAUGCAACAUUUUUAGAGGUUCAAGAAGUGAAUUAUGAAAUGACAAAGCUGGUGAACGUGGUCCUGGUUGGUCUGGUGGUUGUCAUGGUGAUGAUCGUCAUUUGUCUGUCUGUUAAAAUCACAUGGCUUCACAAAGGUAAUCCUCAUGAACAGGACCCACAACAGGACGAGAAUCUUGGCGCAGACGGCCUGAUCUAUUCGGCUGUGACUAUUCAUCCAAAAACCGAGCGAAACCUCAGGCCUGACCCCGACAGAGAAGAGGAUAAGAGUUGUAUUUAUUCAGGCACCAGAUAGACUCAGGAAGCACCUGCAACCGCAGCUAAAAUAAAAAAUAGGAACUGAUGCUUUAUAAUUAAUGUGAUGGUGUGUUUUAAUGUGGUUGCUAGAAGUACAAGACAAAUUCAAAUAAUGUUGAGAGUGAACCUGAGCAAACCACUAGGCAAAACACGUUGUUCAUUCCUCAUAAUUAUCAAAUAGAAACCUCUUUGUGAUGAUGAAUGAUCCUACAUCCUCCCCACACCACAAACAAACUGUUGGGGAUACAUUUUUGGUCUGACUCUCCUUUCUUUGUCAAUGCAAUGGUCAUCCUAUCGUUGUUAUGCUGACGAUACACAGGUUUAUCUGUCCAAUGAACCAUGUGAAUGCAAUAAGCUGGCAUCCAAUCAUUCUCAUUCGCUGCAUAACUGAUGUAAGAGACUGGAUAUCACAAAAUAUCCUUUUGAUAAACUCUGAUAACACAGAAGUUAUCUAGUUCAAGGCCAUGUAUGUUAAAGGUUUAUUUUGGGGGGUUUUUAAGCCUUUAUUGUAAAGAUAGGACAGUGGAUAGAGUCAGAAAUCAAGGAGAGAGAGAGAGAGUGGGGAAUAACAUCCAUAGGUUGGACUUGAACCCAGGCCGUCUUGGAGCACCACAGCCUCAACAUAUGGUCUGCACGGACUAACCACUAGGCUACUGGCGCCCCAUGACUCCCCUUUUUUAAUUUGCAGUCAGCAGAUGGUUGUUCAACAUGAGUCUAGUUCUACUUAAGGUUGCUGCCUCUUUUGUUUUGCCAUUUUAACUUUGCUAAAUGUUGCUUAGUUUUGUGCUCAUGGUGGAUUAAUGUUGGAUCUUUGUAAAUAAAAUACGGUCUAGACCUGCUCUUUUUGUAAAGUGCCUUGAGAUAACAUUCCUUAUGAAUUG